GGGUUCGCAAGAUACCCAUUGGCGCUGCUCGCUGAGCAAACAAAAGCUUGACUUUCAUCAAAAAUAUGCGCAGGCUUAAAUCGCUGGGCCACAAGAAGGACCAAGGGGGCGGCCAUGAUCGAACCUCUAAGCACAGGCCAAAAGGUCUGAUGACGGGACCCGGGUCACAUUUUUCAACAAGUCGAUCUGGAAGAACUGCUGCUGAGACCCAUGAUGCAACUGCUCGCGAACGGAGGCCGACAUUGCCUGAAGAGCAGUUUCCCGGAGGGUUGGCCGGUCCUGAACGUCAAGUUUCCGACGAGGCUCACCCCGAAACAAUGGCCGUAGGAACAACUCAAGUCAAUGGGACAACUUCCGCUGAGGAGACACAGCCAACCACGGAGGUUGAGCCAGCGAGGCCGAGGUCCGUUUCAGUAUCUGGCCCAGCACAAGCCUCGGGGCCGAACAACCAGCAGAGAGCGUUUCCGUCUUUGCGCUCGUCUCGAGGUCGGUCGCUUGGAGUCCACGAUGAACAAGGUGCUGCGGUGGCCGCUGCAGCAUCCGCAUACUGUACAAAGGAGAAGGUGUCAAAGAGGGCGACGGGGCAACAGCCGCCUCCCGCAGCAGAAGCGGUUCAAGAAGAGCGCUGUGGUGAACACGAGAAGGUGGGAACCACGGGUGGUGUCGAUGAGAAGUAUGAUAGGGCUGCGUGGGAAGAUGAUGAAAUCAUCGAAAGUGGCGGUUUGUCGUCUGCUCUACCCGCCAACCCAGGGGUGGACGAGGAGGAAGAAUGGGACCUUCCAGCCAGCAUGUCAACUCCAGCUGUUAUCACCACCGCAGAAGCAGAGCGUCCUGCCCUGGCGCGAGCUCCUUCGCCGCGGCGCAGUGAGACAUUGGUAAUCGGAAACGCCACAGAAAUUCCGUACGUGUCUACGGAAGAACAAGCUGCUGCGCCUGUCCAGGUAGGAGGAAGAGAAGGCGGAGAAGGAGGAGUAGGGGUAGGAAGCGCAAGAGGAGCAGAAGGAGUAGGACGCCAGCAGCCGCAGCCAGCGAGCAUGAUACCAGUGUACUUGCUUGCAGCUCAACAGGCUGAGGCAGAGCGGGCCGUCCUGGAAGCACAUAAAUCACGGCCGGAAGCACUGACGACGGAGCAGAAAGAGGCGAAGGAGAAAGAGGAACCUAGAGUGAUACUUGCAUGUGAAUGCGCGGUUUUACAGGCCGAGGCCGAGGCCGAAUUGGCCCAGCGCCAGAAACGAAGGAUAAGCGGACGUAUCCCAGAAGCCUUCGGUGAAGAGAAACCUGGCCAGCUACCCGAGCAGUUUCGUGGGGAGGAACGUCCUGGUGCUGUGCCCGGAACAAGAGAACCUGCCCGAGAGGCAGAGCGCACCGAAGAAUCAAAACGCUUCCGCGAAGGAGACAAAGAGGCGGGUUUGGUGGCUGGAGUAGGGCAACCACCGCGGAAGGAAUCCGAUCGAGAAGAGAUCCCGGAACAGUUCCGUGCUGAGACACCGGGGCAACCAGUUGAGGAACGGCCACAGGCCCCCGUUCAAGAGCGUGUGGCAGGAAUGGCGCCUGGAGCUGAAGAACCAGUCGAAGCUGUGCCACCACCACACGAAGGAGAGGAAGCACAUAAACAAAGCCGUUGGGCCCGUAGACGAGCCGAGAAGGAUGCCAAAGCCCUUGAGAAGAAGCGCCAAAGAGAAGAAAAGGACCGGCAGAAGGAGGAGAAGAGACGCCAGAGAGAAGCGGUCAAGCAACAGCUGGGAGAACAGAAGGAAUCUCGCACAGCUGAGCCAGGUCGUCCAGAGCGGCGAGAUUCGAAGAUGGAAGAAGAUCGUGGAUUCUUCAAUAAAAUUUUGCGGAGAGCCUCGACAAAGCAAUCGGGCGUUGGGGACACAGGUGCUGCCGGCGGAGGUAGCGGCGGGAACGUGGAGGGAGGAGGACAAGUCGGAGGACAGCAAACGGGGACGACGACAACAGCUGCCGACAAUACGACGGCGAAUCAACCGGCAGUGUUGGCUUCAUGAUAGCAUUUCCGUUGAAUUUUCGCAUCUCCCUUCUUUACCCCCUGUGGAUGGACAUUUCGAAUCAUUAAUUUGUACUUGAAAGUGCACAAUACCUCUCCUCUUUGAUUUGACCAAAGUCUGCGUUUUUGACUUUCUUGCUUUUACCUUUCUGCUGCCAAUUCAAAAAGUGUAUAUA